GGACCUGCAGUUCGUGGAGGAGGUCCUCCGCGUCCGGAGCGGCGAGGCGGCGAGCGCGGCGCUCAGCGGUCGGCUGCUGGGGCCGCCGGAGGUCAGGGACCUGUGCGAGGCGCUCGCCUGCACCCAUCUAGGAGGCCUCUAACCCAGACGCUGAAGGCCCUCGAGCUGGACAGCAACAAGAUCGGCGACGAGGGCGCUGCAAGUCUGGCCGAGACGCUCGCAGGGGGCAGCGACGUCAGCUUUCUGGAUCUGACCGACAACGGCAUCGGCGACGCAGGCGCGAUUGCGCUGGGCUCCCGCUUGGGGGGCAACUGCUCGCUGCGCCAUCUGGACCUGACGUCGAACAAAAUACAGGGCGACGGGGGAUUGGCCCUGGGCAGGAUGCUCACCGUGAACAGCGGGAUCAGGCAGCUAAUCUUGUGUGAGAACAUGGUGGGCGCGGAGGGCGCACGUGCGAUCGGAUCUGCCCUCCCAAGCAAUCAGUCGUUGCGGAUCUUGCACCUCCGCAAGUGCGGCCUCGGUCCAGAGGGGGCCAAGUUCAUCGCGCAGGGUCUGAUCAGCAAGAGCGCUGCCCUGACAGAGCUGUCCGUGGGGCUGAACGAGGUCGGGGACGAUGGCGCGGCGGGAUUCGCUGCGAUGAUCAGGAUGAACCAGUCUGUUCGAGAGUUCUACGCUGACUGGAAUGGCAUCACAAGUUUCGGUGCAGGGUUGAUCGCCGAGGCAUUGCGAGACAGCGAUUGCUUGCAGACACUGUGGUUGGUGGGGAACGACCUGGACGUGAAUGUCGGCGCUCAGUUCGCCAAGGCCUUGGCCGAGAACAAGGUGCUGAGGCGCCUUGGCUUUACGUCCAGCGACGCCCUGCCCUCAGAAAUUCUCGGGGAGAUGGAGAGAGCGACAGAGAAGAGGAAAGCGGCUGCACUGCAGGCCUGCAGCGUCGGCCUCUGCGACGACGACGAGCCGCAGAUUCGAGGUGCCACGCCGCGGGCCCUGCCUGGGACGAGGCGUUGCUUAGAGCGAGGUGCCCGAGAUCUCGAGGGGGCCGCCUGGUCGCGGUCCUGGUCGCCCAGCGAUGCCCGCGCUGCAAAGGACGGGGCGUUGGCGGUGCCCGUGAAACAGUUCGUGGCGCGGUCCCGCUCGCCCGGCACGGCCUGUGCGUCGGGGGAGGGGGACACGCUGCAGGUGCACGUGGAGCCCAGGUCGAGCGAGACGGCGAGGGUGGGGCAGCAGAUCGUCAUGUGGGACGACACCCUGCAGGUCAGGGAGGUGCUCCCGACGGCGACCAACGGCACGCGGCAAGUCUUGCCCGUCGACCUGUCCGAGGACUAGCCGCGUACCGCGCCCGCGGACAUCGCGCCCGUGCCCGAGGAUAUCGGCUUGCCGCAAGGCGUGACAUGAGACGUGCCUACGGCACGUGGUCCAUUGCGCCCUGUUGUUUUGCCCGGGGAAUCGGCGGGCGAUAGCGCCCGUUCCCAGGGAUUCGGCCCGCCAUGCAGACGGCAUCACCCCCGUCGAGGUGUCCGAAGAGCGGGCUCCAUCGUCCAUGACAAGAGAUGGGCGAAUAGUCCCACUGUCUUGGCAUCGCUCGGACGUGUGCAUGCUUCCUUCGACGAGGACCAUCGAG